UCUCUCUGUAUCUGCGUUCAUGGAAGAUCAUGGUGAUGCAGAAAGAAAGAAACAGACGUACGUACACAGAACAACAUCAACUUCACGUGGCCCGAACCCACAUACUAGACUCUCUUAUUGCUCAUCCACAACAUUCUGACAUUCCUCCUCAUCAAUUCCAUUCCUAUUACAUCUGAUUUUCUUCGUUUUCCAUUAACAAUUAUGGGUAAGGGACCGUUCUCCUUAAACCGCUUCGAUAGCUGUCAUUAGCAUAAGAAGGUGGCUGAGCUGCCUCAGCAGGUUGCCGGAGGGUCUGGCUCUCCGGGAAACACCAACCAGGGCGGUGGUUUCAUAACCAAGGCCAAGAAGAAGCCUGGUGGAGCGAGGUUGUGGAUGAGGUUCGAUCUGUCAGGUUAAUCAGAGCUCGUUGAGUUGGAUAGGAACGCAGUUUUCAAGCGCGCGGCAAUUCCGGCUCGGGAUUUGAGGUUUCUGGGCCCUAUCUUCUCCCAAUCCGCCAAUAUCCUCGCUAGAGAAAAAUCAAUGGUCGUUAAUUUGGAAUUUAUAAAGGCUAUAGUCGCAGCCGAAGAACUUCUAUUGCUUGAUCCUCUUUGCCACGAGGUCCUUCCAUUUGUUGAACAACUCAGCCAACAACUUCCAAAUAAAAAUCAACCUCAAGUUCAUGCCCAUGCAGAUGAACAAGAAAGGAAAUGCAGGUAUCAACUGGCAGACAAUUGUUAACAGCGCCAGAACAUGUUGAAGGUUUCCAGUCUGAGCUUCCAUUUGAGUUUCAAGCUCUAAAAGAUUGCUUUGGAAGUUGUCUGCACACAUUUGGAGUCAAAUGUGGCAGACCUUGAGAGAGUUGCAUACCCUGCGUUGGAUGAAUUGGCUAGGACUGCAAGCACCAAGAAUCUUUAAAACGUUUAAAGUUUGAAGAGUAAUGUUACACGUCUGCUGGCACGUGUGCAAAAGGUGCGGGAUGAAAUUGAACAUCUACUGGAUGAUAAUGAAGAUAUGGCACAAUUAUAUUUGACGAGAAAGUGGAUACAGAUUCAGCAAGCUGAGGGUUAUUCUGGAGUCAUAAACACAAAUAGCCUCAGUACUGCUGCCCUAGCUCGUCAGUUUUCUUACAAAAGCGGAAGUCUAUUGACUAGCAACUUCAAGGACUAUAAUGAUGUGGAGGAUCUUGAGAUGUUGCUUGAGGCAUAUUUUAUGCAGUUGGAUGGAACACGUAACAGGAUAUUGUCUGUUAGGGAGUACAUUGAUGACACAGAAGACUACAUCAACAUCCAACUCGAUGACCAACGAAACGAACUCAUUCAGCUGCAGUUGACACUGAUCAUCGCAUCAUUUGCUAUUGGAAUUGAUACUUUGAUUGUUGGCAUGUUUGGUAUGAACAUUCCAUGUCAGUUUCAUAAAAACACUGAUGGACUAUUUUGGAGGUUUGUUGGUUGUUCUUCUGCAACUUGCAUACUUCUUUUCUUGCUUUUGUUGGAAUACGCGAAGUGCAAAGGGUUGCUUGGCUCAUGAGAAUACUUUUUCUUUCAAUAGAGGAACAUGGCCAAAGCUGUG